UAAAAAAAAAAUAUCUCGCUGGUUUUUUAUUUUUUUUUAAUUUGGUUUCCUGUUUUAUUUUUUGUAACAAUUAGUGUACGUUGUAGCAGAAAAAAGAUUGUCAAUAUCAUCUUUUUACUUCGAAUUAUAGAACAUUAAAGUUGUGUAUCCGCUCGGGAUAUUCUUGUAUCCGCUCGGGAUAUUUUAUUUUCAUGCUUUAUCUUUGAUGGUACUUCUGAUCAUAUUUUGCUGUUUCUAGCCAAAAAAAAUUAUUUUAACUCCUUAAGUUUAGAGAAAAUCAAAAAUUUUUCAAGGAUUACAUUACUAAGCACUUAUAUUUAUAAUUUAUUAUUACAUUCAUAUUUUUGUAAUAAAAUAAUUGUUUUUGUCGUAUUUAUGUUCUGUGUUAUACCGCAUUGAAAGCGAGAAAAGUUUUUACAACCUUAAUUACUUUGCUAUCGUAAAUACUAAAAAUAAAAAGGUUUACAUUAACGUAUAUCUUUUGAACUCUUGAUUUUAAACUUAUUUCACUAUUUAAACAUGGAAUGGAUAGGAAUAUUAAACUUUGGUGAAAAAGUUGACUGUGAUGCAUGGGAUACAGAACCAUUUAAUGGGUAUUCGGCAAAAAGAAAGUUUGUGUCGAAUUCGGGAGAAGAAUCAUUUAUAAUUUUAAAUGUUAACAAAUCAUUAAAUAGAAAACCCUUAUAUGAAGGAAUAGUUAUGCGUGAUAAAAAUAUACAAAAAAGAUAUAUCUGCACUAAUCCAACAUCAGUUUAUCGUAAGAUUAUUUGCUUUUUUGGUGUAAAAACAAAAGGUAGACUCAAUGGAAAAUGAUUUUAUGGAUUAGACUCUAAAGACUUCAAGUUUCGUUUAAGUUUAUCCGGAUCUGAAGAUUGUAGAAAACAAUAUCAAUCCCUUAUAUCAAAUGUAACAUCCCCCACAAACACAAGAUUGUGCUCAUGGUUAGGUGUUGUAAGUUAUGGUACUGCGAUAAAUUGUGACAGUUUGUUGUACAUAAAAACAAUUGGAUCAGUUAAAUGUCGUAUUCAACCAGGGUAUGAAGCGCAAAGGUUAUUAAAGCUGAAUGAUGUUAAUGUGGUUAUAACAAUGAAGAUUGAUAUAUCAGAUAAUGGUCCUGUUUACCGAAUUAUUGUUUCUGACUUAUUAACUGAUUGCAAGUCAUUGCAUUCCUCUUCUGUUGUUAAAGAUGCUUUUAGCAAAUUAAACUAUAUUAGUUCUAAAAAAUGGUCUGGUUUUCAUUUUUUUGGCUUGGAUAGAAGUGAAGUAAUCAAUAAAAUAUCUUGUCCAAUAAUAAAAUUUGAUACACCAUCUUUUGAUAACAUUAAACAAAACAACAACAGUGUAAUAGUUGAUUUACUGAAUAUAAGAAAACGUGGUGCUGGAAAAACUAGUUCGCUUCUCAGUAAAAAAGCUAUAAAAUCUCGGAAUAAGACAAUUCAUUCAUUAGUAGAGUUAGCAAGCUAUGGUGAUGUAAAAAGUUUUGUGAGCUACAUAAUAAAUGAGUGCCCAGAAAUUGUUGAAGAAGUUAUAGAUGAAAAUACUGAUUUCUUAGUUCAUAUUGUUGAAAAGCUUAGGUUUAUAACAUCUGUUAAAAAUCUUGAUUGUCAACAAACUGCUUCAAUAAUGAUGGAUAAAAUUGAAAUUUCACAGAGACCUUAUAAAGUUUUAAAAGGUAUUCUCAAGAAAAAUAAUAUAAACAUUCCUACAUAUGACAACCUUAGAAAAUACUGUCUUAAUAUAGAUGUAGGUCUAAUUCAACAUGCUCAUAAUGAUGCUAGUGUCGACUGUGAGUGUUUUGGUUACUCUUGUAAUGUUGAAGAAACACUACGAAGAGUCCUAUCAACCCCUUCUCUUUAUGAAAAAUUUGAGUUUUUUUCCUAGUUAAAAAUCUAGUUAAAAAUGGAUUAACAGUGUGUAUUAAUGGUAGUAAAACUGAACACUUUAAUGUGAUUUUAUUUCUAGUUGCAGAUCUUAGUUUUGUUAACGAAGUUAUUUUAUUAAUGAAGUUAUUGGUAAAUGCUCCAGUAAUCAAACAUAUGGUUGCAAUCAUUGCAAGUUGCCAAUUUUUGACUGGGCCGCUGUAAAUAAAAAGAUUGGUCCUAUUCAAUUGGUUGCUGAUAUACAAGAACGUGAAGAACAUGCAAGGGUUGAGCUAGGCCCUAGACCAAACAAAGAUUCAGCACAAUCUAAGAAGUUUACUGCUGACAACUAUGGACAAUGGGGAACAGUGUUAAUUGAAGGAUUGAUUAUUGAAUUCAUGCCACCAUGCGCUUGCAUUUAAUUUUGGCACAACAUAGAUAUCUUUGGAAAUUUUUAUUUGAUGUAGUAAAUGAGCGUUCACAAGAAAACCUUUUGUCUGAAGGAUUGAGAAAGAUUGAGUGUUCGCAUUUAGCAUUUCAACUUGAUUGUUAUUUUAAAAGGUAAAUAUAUCAUUAUUGAUUUAUGUGUGAUAUAAUGUGUAGAUAUUAUUUUAUUUUUAGUUAUUAUUUUAUAAUUUUUUUAAAUUUGAGUACAGAAAUUAGAAAAUAUUUAGUUAAUUGUAAAUAGUUCCAGUUAUUGAUAAGUAGGAGUCUUAAGAAGAUCCCCUGCCUUGGGGCUCUUGGUUGA